GUGCACGUUUCUCGGCCGUAAAUAGACGGCAGCUUUCGGCGCGGUGCGCGCUCCCGAAUUCGAUCAGUGGAGAGAUGGCAGGGCAUCCAUGUUGGUGUUGCGGCGCCGAGAGAGCUGCUGGCUGCACGGGUCGAUUUGCUGACGAGGGAGGGGCCGCCCCGAGAGAGCAGGCUUCGGCGCCGUGCCUUGCCCUGCCCGUGUGCCAGCCUGCCCGCACCCCCGAAUAGCAGAGAGACGAGUGAGCGAGCAAUAAAGACGAUAGCGCGUUCCAGCAGUGUCAGCAUCAGCAUCAGCAUCAGCGCAGACGAUGACGAUGACGACGACGGCGGCGGGCGUCCGGCGGCUGGCCGGCCUUGAAGAGGAACUGCUGCUCGGCUGAGCGAUGCGCGAUGCCGCGCAAGCAGCAGCCGAGCGAGGCCCGGACGCUGUCCGCCGGAGCCGGACAGGCCGGCAGGGACACUAAGCGUCUCGUCAAGAGUAUCUACGUCGGCGCCAGCAACGCGCUCAGGUGGAGCAGCCUCAAGCGGCGCCUUCGCUACGCCAGCGACAUUGAGCUCGUGCAGCACCUGCUCGACCUCGCCGAGUCCACCCACGACAAAAGUAUCAAACCCCAAGCUGAGAAUGAGCCAGAAGCAAACGGCACAGCGGAUGAUGAAGAGGAGGCCGUAAUCGAGGAGCCGCCGCAGAUCGAAAAGAGGGACGACCCCGACGGCAGUCAUGAUCGCACGGAAGAGAACGAAGAGAGCUCGCAGCCUUUGGUGCCGGGUUCGCCGCAAGUGGAGGAACACAAAGAGCUCGAAAGUAGGAAGAGUGGUAAAUCGCACACAGGCAAAAAGGCGCACAAGCACCACAGAAAGAGGAAACAUCACCGCAGCGGCGGAGAGAAAGUCUCGAAAGAGCAGACGGAUGCUGGCGGCGGCGGCGGCGGAGGAGGCGAUCAAGAGAACGGCGACGCGCCCCCAGAAGCGAGCAAGCCCGCCGAGCACCACGAGUGGAAAGACAAUCACAAACACCACCACGAAAAAAAGAAGAACUCAAGCUCUUCACGCGGAAAGAAAAAGCGGAAGCAUCGAGACCGGAGUAGUGGUGAGGACAGACUUUCGAGACAGCACCACCAAAACGCCGAUGCAGCAAACUCGACGGACACAGUGUUAGAAAACGAAAAAACUCACGAGAUAGAGACUGCACUUGAUCAAAAAUUUUCUUCCCCAAAAACAAGCAACGGUUUUGUAGAGUUAGAAUCUUCUAGUCCAAAAGUACCUGAGGCCAGACACAAACGCAAGCACAAAAAGAAAUACAAAAAGCGGUGUGAAAUCGACAGCCGAAAGGCUCCUGCGGACGGCGUUGCGGAGCCGGCUAAAGCGUCGACGCCCAAAAGCAGCCCAGAGCCAGAGCAGUGCACCGUGAUCGAAGAGGAGGCUCCCGCGCCCGCGCCCGCGCCGGUCUCAGUUUGUCCUCCCGAAAUCCAGCGCUUCCCGCAGCCGAUCCCAGCUCUGCCCCCGGCUCCGCCAGCUCCAAUGAUUAAGUGCGCUGAUCUCGAACCCGACCUUCCACCACUGGUCGCCCCAGCCAACCCAUUUGUUGAGUCCAAGUUGGCCAUCAAACUCAAGCUGUGCACCGAAUGCGGCACGCGACACUUCCAGGAUUGCUGUCCCUUGCACAAUCCAGACAUUGAGGUGAAUGAUGACAUCACCCUCUCAGAGUGGGUUUCCCUGCCUGAGAGUAAUCGGAGGAGUUUUGCAGAGGAGUCCCUGCCGGUGGAUCUGUUGAAGCUGGAGGAGCGAGACGCGACGCACGGACAGAGCGUUGUGGCAAAAGUGGUCAUCAAACGGCUUACGCAGUUCGGACCGUUGCACGGUGAACGCAUUCGCGAGAUGGACAUUGCGGACGACUUCAACAUGCGCCACAUUUGGGAAGUGUGCAGCGAGAACGACAAGUUCUAUCUGAACACAGUCUCCAAGGACCAUUCCAACUGGCUUCGGUUUGUGCGGCCGGCGCCGAUCAAGGAGAAGAGGAACGUCGCAGCCAUCGUGCGAAACGGCAAACUGUACUUUGUCACCCUAAACAACAUCCUCCCGGGAACCGAGCUGCUCUUUUGGCUGGAAAGCGCCGCCUCCGGCUGGUCCAAAAAGAAGAUGGAGAGGACGAAUUGCGGUGGCUGCAACCUGAAAUUCAGCAACUCGCUCUACUACAGGAUACACUGCUCCGUGUUCCACGACCCUAAUUUCAGUCUGACAAUUCGUAAAUACCACUGCAAAGUGUGCGGCCUCUCCGUCUUGGGCAAAGAAAACAUAAUGAAGCACGCGGCGGAGCAGCACGGCGGAAAGGGUGCCUAUCAGUGCCAAUUUUGUAAAAAGUUCUUUUUGCGCCUCAAUUAUCUGGAAAUGCAUCGUACUUAUGGCUGUGCGGCGAAUCCACAACGAACUCGACCCCUCUGUGAUUUCUGCGGCAGAAAAUUCUGCCAACCACAAAAACUAAAGGUGCACAUAAAAAGGAUGCACAGUGAUUUAGCUGAUGUUCUCAAAGAGUUCCAAUGCAAGAUGUGCCACAAACUGUUAGGCUCAAGAGCUGCGUUGCAAAGACACUUGAAGGAAGUGCACCACAAAGACAUGAUCGGCGCCUGCACCUGCGACCGCUGCGGCAAAAUGUUUCAAAACAAGUCCAACUUGAAAAUUCACAUGCUGACGCAUUCAGGGGUCAAACCCUUCAAGUGCAAGGAAGGCAGCUGCUCUGCCGCGUUCACGACCAAACAGUGUCUGCAAUUCCACUACAAAAAGGUGCACAGCUACACGGACGACAACAUGCCAAAGAUCGAGCGCUGCGUCGCCUACACCUUCGACGCGUACGCAGGUGGGCAAAACAGUUCAAACGAGGCGCAAGAACCGGAAGAGACCAUCAGCCCGCCCUUCACACCAACCUGCACUGAAGACUCGCAACCUCCUUCGCCCAGUCUACCAUCUUUGGAGGAUGAUGAGAACAGCGGAACCUCCAAUUUGGCCAUUGUGAAUGAGACCAAUUCCGUCGUGCUCGAGUCAAACCUCGGCAGCGUUCAGCCAGACUCAGUGAUCUCAAAUAGUUCUUCGCCUCCAAUAAUCGUGAGUCCGACCAACUCCCCGAUGCUUUCGACCGAUCUUUUGCCUCGGACGGGCGCCAUUCUCAGUAAAGCCAGCAAAAAAUGGAUGGGCGACAUCAUCGCGCCCUCGACGCAAAUCCCGCCGCCCGUUGAGGGGAUGCAGCACGAAAAAAGGUGGCACGGCGACAUUCUGCAGUCGGAGCAGGUUGCUGUGGAAGGGCCCGACCUGAUCAUGGAGAAGAACAGGUGGGGCGAGGAGGUGAACCAGCUGCGGAACGAGAUCUCCUCAAUCACCAGACGGAGCGACCUCUCAGGAUACUCGAGGAUUCUGCGACCUGGCGAAAUCUCCGAUAUGCCUGAUCCAUUGAGGAGAAGCCCCAACUCCCUUGCGUCAGACUUCGGCACCUUGAGACGCCCUGACGCGGACGACUUCGGACCCUUGCGGAGGCAAGAGCCGAGCGCGAGCCUGCUAGUCGAGGCGGCCCUGGACGCCGCCGAAAGAGAUCUCACUGUAAAACUGGCCGAACUGAAAACCAUUCCAAUGGACCCGUCGAUUCUCCCUACGUCGGUUCCUUGCUCUUCCAACAGCUUCCUCUCCAGACUGAACGGAAUGCACUCAAACGAAAUUCCGCCCGAGGCCGAUUACGGGAACAUGGUCAUCAACAGCAAGGCUAACCGUAUUCCUGAGACGGGACUCGACAUGAGCUACAAACAGUACGAGCCAGAAAUGGUCGUGACUUCAGAAAUAUCAGGCGGCGGCGAUUACCGCGUGAUGCGCAGCCCAGAUCUGGUGUUCGAGCCGCAGGAGCAGGGUCUGGACAUGUCGCGGAGCUCGGCCUUCCCGUCGGCGGGAUCGCCGUACGCGCGCUACCCUGAGCUGCUGCCGUCGCACCUGCACCCGCACCACCGAGCAGCGGUGGCCGCGGCCGGGCUCAUGUACGAAAUGGAGCCGGUGCGGUGCCAGUCGCCGGUGGCGGUGCCGCCGUCGCCGCCUCCGCCGUCGUACCAGACGGCCGAGCUGCUGCGCCACCACUGGCACCACCUGCCGCCCACGGCCCACCACACCCUCGACCUGAGCACGGCCCGCGGCGUGCAGGUGUCCCCCGAGCAGAGCAUCUCGCCCCCGCCGACCGUGUACCAGAACUACCCCCCCUCGCCGGCGGCGGCGGCAUAUCACGCGUCUACCUCGCAGCCGAGGGCACCCACCCCCAACUACCACCAACACUCAGGAUACUACUACUCAUUCUAGCAGUCAGCGGGUCGUUUUAUCCAUUUUGAUUAGUUAUAGUUAUCGAGACUAUCAGACUUUGCAGAACACACGUAAAAUAUACAGCGCAAUUCUGGUGAGUGGUACGUGCCAAAACUGGACUCGCGAAAUAUACUCAUUUAAUUGUACACACACACACACACACACUGUCGUAUUUAAUACUGAAAACAAUGCUGCGGUCCAUUCCUCUCAUAAAGUGAGAACCGGUUUCCCUCUUGACACAAAUUAAAUCCUGAAAUUUACAGUGUUUUAAAAUGACCACGAUAGUAAAAGGCGUUUUGGGACCAAACGAGCAAAACUUUUACAAAGUUAAUAACCGCUACUCAGUUUUGUCUCUUUUCCACUAACGAGAGAGCAUUUCCAAAUCCAUUCUUAAUAUCCAGAAUCUAGUUGCAGUAUUAAGUGAAAAGUAACUGGAAUGCCAAUUAUUUCAAAACAGCAGCAGUCGCAAAUACAAAUGGUGUAAUUCCUGCAUUUAUAAAGAGAUGAAUUGGAUUCAGGAGAGCGUAUACUAUAAACCCAACUUGGUAAAUUAUGAUAUAAUUAAAUGUUGAUAUUCGUUUAUUGAAAUGGAAAUAGUAUAAACGGUAGAUAUUUCAUUUGAUAAUUUACGUUAAAAGUGAUACAAUGCUCGGAAACAUUAUUAUUUUAGUACAUGGAUGGCAUAAAAUGUUGAUCAACAUUAAAUAUGUAUAAAACCCUCCCCACCAUGAAUAUAGCACCUCUUUGCAAGUAAACGACCUGUACAUUGGAAAUGGGCGAAGCGAUGUUGGAAAUGUCUGCAAAUUAUGGUUAUUAUUAUGUACUAUUUAAAAAUAUAUACAAAUU